UUGAACGAAAUACGCCCAAUCCAUUGGGAUGACGGCAUUCUUAAACUCCUUGACCAGACCCGCUUGCCUGUGGAGCAAGUUGUGGUGGAGUUGGAUGACUAUCGUGGGGCCGUAACCGCCAUUCGAGAUAUGCAGGUUCGGGGCGCGCCCGCGAUUGGUGUGACGGCGGCCUACGCCGUAGUAAUGGCAGCCAAAGAAGUCGCAACCGAUGACAAGGGUACUUUUCUGGACAAGGGCAACUUCCUGGUCGGUUUGCAAGAAGCCGCCCAGGCAAUCAGCGCCGCACGGCCCACCGCUGUAAAUCUCCAGUGGGCGGUUCGCAGGAUGCUGGAAGUGGCAGAAUCUGAACCGGACUUGUCCAAUAUGGUAAACCGGCUCCUGGGCGAGGCCAAGCUGAUCCAGGAAGAAGACGAGGAGAUAAACCGGCGGAUGGGAGAUUUCGGCAAGUCUCUCAUGCCGGACGGGGGUUCGGUACUGACCCACUGCAACACCGGGGCCCUGGCUACUUCGGCUUUCGGAACGGCCCUUGGAGUAAUACGGGCAGGCUGGGAAACGGGCAUGAGGUUCAAGGUCUUCAACACUGAGACCCGUCCAUUUCUCCAGGGCGCCCGCCUGACGGCAUGGGAAUUCCAGCAGUUGGGCAUUCCGGCGACGCUGAUUGUGGAUUCGGCCGCUGGCAUACUGAUGAGGCAGGGAGACGUCAGUUGCGUUAUAACCGGGGCCGACCGAGUCGCGGCCAACGGCGAUACAGCGAACAAGAUAGGCACCUACUCCCUUGCCGUGCUGGCCAAAGAGAAUGGGAUUCCCUUCUAUGUGGCCGCGCCCACCAGUACGGUUGAUUUGAGCAUCCCUUCGGGAGACGAAAUUCAGAUCGAGGAACGGGCGGGGUCGGAAGUGACCCACUUUCAGGGCGCGCCUACAGCCCCGGUUGGCGUUGAGGCGUUUAAUCCUGCCUUUGACGUUACGCCGCAUCGCUACAUAAGCGCCAUCGUUACCGAGAAUGGGGUUGUGCGAGCGCCCUUUGUGGAAGGCCUGAAGCUGGCCUUGGGUGGACCCUAA